AUGCUCACGCCAACCGAGACGGUGGCGUUGGAAUGGGCGUUUUUCGUCCUCGCCUUUGCCUUCCUCGUCGCACGACUCUGGGUUCGCUACUCUCUCCGACAGUACCAGGCAUGGAUCUCCGACGUGCUAUUGAUGGUCGCACUGGUUUGCACAGCCGGGAACAUCAUGUGCGACACCCUUAUAUACAAAGUCAAUGGGUUAAUGGAAUACAAGAACGUGACCCAGUAUUUGGGGAAGAUCCGGUUCACCACAAAGUUCUUCUUCGAUGCAGGGCUCUACUUUCCAAAGUUCAGCCUGGUGAUGAGCUAUUCCGCGAUGGUCCCUGUGACCGAGCCGAGGAUGCGUAUUUUCCUGACGUGUAUCGCAACGUAUCUCGUUCUUGCAUGUCUGACUGCCAUCUUCGCUGAUACGUUCUGGUGCGGAAGUUAUGUGUCUAUUAAUUGGUUAAACCCGCAUGAGUGCUCGUCCUUUUCCAAUCCUCACCUGCAGAAGCUUACUUGGACGAUGAACAUCCUCGGCGAGCUUCUGUUGUUCAUCUUUCCCUUUCCCAUAUUGAACAGCCUCAAGUUCACGCAGCUAAGGGAGAAAAUCGGACUCGGCUUGAUUUUUGCCAUGGGCCUCUUUACUAUACUUGUCAGCACUGGCCGGUUUAUGUUCAUGAUCUUCUUGACCAACGACAUAUCAUUAUCUGUUUGGACGACAGUCGAGAUGAGCAUAUCGGUCAUGGUGGUCAGCCUCAUGGCGAUGCGUCCAUUGCUUCGACGAUUUGGACACGUGGUGACCAAGACCAUCUCCAAAAUAAAGGGGGUACCGACGGAACAACGAUACAAAGAGCCGAGGCUGCCAUCCCACGAGCAGGACAUGAGCGAAGAGAAGGCACCGCUGCCUUAUAAUACCGACCGAUGGUGGAAGUGGCCCGUGGACUUGGACGUGAACAGCAUGUCGGUGACGACGAAGUCUGGCAGCGCGGGAACACAGAGGACGGGAGUUUCGACGCGGAUCUCGGCGAGGGCGUCGCAGUUGUCGCAAAAUACGACCAGGAAGGAUUCUGGAGUUCUGGGAACGCGUUUAAUGGAAGAGCCGCAGGGUCUGCUGGAGAUGGAUGCGCAGGAGGUUCAGACGUUGGGUAAUGUGGUGGUCGACAGCGAUACCGAGGGCUUGCCAUACGGAGCUUCCUGCCUGUCCUUCGAGGGCUUCCACGUCCUCUUCUUCUUCCUCUUUCUCUCUCUCUACCGACUCAGUCUCUGGCACGUCUGCAUCUCGCAGCAGCAGCAGGACCGCCCUACUUCUCACAUUCUUGAGCCACGCCGAGCCACAGACGCGACCCACGCGACCAUGGCUGCCAACGUUUCCCAAGGUCGCUACCCCAAGCGCAACCGAGCUGCUGUAAAUUACGAGAUCGACCAAAGCGUCGACGGAGAUCUGGACCUUGACGAUGGAAACAUCUCUGAGGAGCUUGGUGAGGGUUCCCCUGUUUCCGCCAGCUCCAAUGCCCCCGUGGCCCUCGCGAAUGCGCACCAGCCCGACGCCGCCACCCCCGUCGAGGAUGACAGCGAGUUGGAGGACGCGACCUUUGGCUCUCGAAAGACCAAGAAGGUUUGGCCCCCGCUCUCUCUUUUCCACCCCCUACAUUACACUGACUGUGGCCAGCGGAAGAUCAUGAAGAAAUCCAAGGCCAGGGCUCAACCCAAGGCCAAGCGCCCUCCCAAAUUCGAGCCAUUCCGACUCAUAGACCUUCCCCCCGAGCUUCGCCUGAAGGUCUACGAAGAAGCCCUUGUCGACCCCUGGGGCGUUCACAUCCGAACCUACUCGGAUAGGUACGAGAGCGUCCCCGUCCAUGCCGGCCCCAAAGAUGUCAAGGGACGCUAUACAUACGACACCGAGCCCAAAUGCUAUGUACGAGGCCAAUGGACUAAGAUUCCUGCGAGCGAAGUUCCCAAGAACAAAUUCCAGCUUUCGCCCAACCUUCUUGCAGUAUCUAAGACCAUCCACGAUGAGGCCGUCUCUGUGCUGUGGACGCAGCCGUUCAUGUUCAACGAUGUCUACUCCCUCAACUAUUUCCUCCUCAUGCUACGCCCAGAAACUAUCGGCCGGCUGAGGGACCUCACCAUUAUGAGACACGGCUGGAUUGAGCAUCGCUGCCUUCCCACUUUCACGCUUCUGCGGGCCGCCCCCUUUCUGUACAAUCUUCGGUUCGACUGCAGGAUCCGCGCAGAUAGACGAAGGCCUUCAGGGAGACCCACUCAUGCCGCACUUGGCGAGCAGCUUGCCACGCGACUCUACAAGGAGUGCUACCCUUUCCUCAAAGCACUGGUCAAGGAGCAGGGCACUGAAUCCAUUCUCAAGGUCAUCAAGUUCGAUGAAGACGAGUUCAGGGAGGAAUACUACGACAAAACCACACACCGUUGGGUGACUGACCGCUGGUCGCCGGCUCGCGAGGCCAAGGUCCUGCAGGCCAUGCUUGCUGAGCUGAAUGCCAUCAUGAACCGCAGGAUCGUCCCCAGAUUUCCGCGAUCCCGCUAG